AUGUUGUUCAGAUUUACACAAGGUUUCACAACAUAUGCAGAAAGGAGAAUUGUUGAGGCUGUGCAAGGGGAGGACAGAGCUACAUUGAAUAUUGGAAUUGGUUGGAGGGGUUUGGUUAAAGAAAUGGAGCGAUUCAAGGACAACAUGGCGAUCACUAAGCUCAAAACGAAUCAGGAAGGAAUAGACCCCGACGAUGUUUUUUCUAGAGUCCCUUAUGAAAAAGGUUUCCAGUUUUUAUGGCGCAUUGAAAUACAGAUUGGAAGGCCUGCGUUUGAUGAAUUUCUCAAGAAAUAUAUUGCCACCUGCAAGUUCAAAUCCAUUGACACUGACAUGUUUAUUGAUUUCCUGAAAGCAAAUGUUCCCGGGAUAGAGAAUGAAAUCGAUCUAAAACCAGUUUCCAACAUCUACUCAAAGAUUGUAUCAUUGGCAAAUGAGUUCAAGCUUGGUAAGUUACCAAGGGAGGAUGAAGUUGCCGAUUGGAAAGGACAGGAAUGGGAGCUUUACCUCCAGAACUUGCCCAAACCUGGUGAAGCUUCACAGUUCAAAUCCAUUGACACUGACAUGUUUAUUGAUUUCCUGAAAGCAAAUGUUCCCGGGAUAGAGAAUGAAAUCGAUCUAAAAGUAUGGACCGAGGGUACUGGCAUCCCUUCAGAUGCAAUGGACCCAGUUUCCAACAUCUACUCAAAGAUUGUAUCAUUGGCAAAUGAGUUCAAGCUUGGUAAGUUACCAAGGGAGGACGAAGUUGCCGAUUGGAAAGGACAGGAAUGGGAGCUUUACCUCCAGAACUUGCCCAAACCUGGUGAAGCUUCACAGAUUUCAGCCUUGGAUGCGCAGUAUAGGCUUUCAGAAUCAAAAGAUUAUGAGGUGAAGGUGGCAUUUCUCGAACUGGCAAUCUUGUCAAGGUACUGGUGUCUUGUGUCCAGUCCAGAAAGAUCAGACCUUACAAACAGUUUACCCAGUGCAAGGCAUGUCAUGGCUCAUAUUGCCUUAUUGUAUGACAUAAGUGGAGCUCCUAGCCAAUCCCUCUUUCCGUUGCUAGGAAACUGA